UAUUUCUGCCUAUAAAUACCCAUCAACUCUUCUGUAUUCUCAUCAUAUUCUACACCAACUUAAACAGCUAUAAACUCAUUCUUGAAAGCGAGAGAGAUACCGAGAGAGAGAGAGAGAGAGAGAGAGAGAGAGGAGAGAGAUAUACAGAGAGAGAUGUUUCAUAAGAUUGUGGAUGCGAUUACAGGGCACGAUGAUGAGAGACAGCAAAUAAAGGGAAGAGUUGUAUUGAUGAAGAAGAAUGUGUUGGAUUUCACAGAUCUCAGUUCUUCAGUUGUUGACAGAUUUGAUGAGCUUCUUCAUAGAAGAGUUUCUUUUCAGCUCAUCAGUUCCGUUAAUCCUGAUACUUCAGACGGUGGAUUGAAGGGGAAACUUGGAAGUCCGGCAUACUUGGAAGAUUGGAUAACAACAAUCACUCCUAUAAAUGCUGGAGAAUCAGCUUUUGAUGUUACAUUUGAUUGGGAAGAAGAUGUGGGAGUUCCUGGUGCAUUCAUUGUCAAAAAUUUCCAUCACAGUGAAUUUUACCUCAGGACACUUACCUUACAGGAUGUUCCCGGUCACGGUGACAUCCAGUUUAUCUGCAAUUCAUGGGUUUAUCCGGCUGAUAAGUACACAACAGAUCGCGUUUUCUUCACUAAUAAUACGUAUCUUCCUAGUGAAACUCCAGCUCCGUUGCUUGAAUAUAGAAAACAAGAAUUGGUUACGUUGAGAGGAAAUGGAACUGGAAUGCUUGAGGAAUGGGACAGAGUUUAUGACUAUGCUUUUUACAAUGAUUUGGGAGAUCCGGAUAGUGAUCCAAAGAAUGCUCGUCCAGUGCUUGGAGGAUCAGCUGAAUUCCCUUAUCCUCGUAGGGGAAGGACAGGCAGACCGCCUACAAAAGCAGAUCCUAAAACCGAGAGUAGGCUACCACUUAUUUUUAGCUUGAACAUUUAUGUUCCUAGAGAUGAGCGAUUUGGACACUUGAAGUUGUCGGAUUUUCUUGCCUAUGCUCUAAAAUCCAUUGCUCAGUUUCUUCUUCCAGAAUUUGAGGCUUUAUGUGACAGCACUCCAGAUGAAUUUGACACUUUUGAAGAUGUUUUAAAAUUAUAUGAAGGUGGAAUCAAAUUACCAGAAGGCCCUUUACUUGAUAAUAUCAGGGAGAACAUUCCAUUGGAGUUGCUAAAGGAACUUGUUCGCAGUGAUGGCGAAGGAGUUGCAAAAUUCCCCUUGCCAACAGUUAUUAAAGGGGAUAGGUCUGCAUGGAGAACAGAUGAAGAAUUUGCAAGAGAAAUGCUUGCAGGAAUGAACCCUGUCAGCAUCAGUCUUCUUCGAGAAUUCCCUCCAGCAAGUAAGCUUGACUCCAAAGUCUAUGGAAACCAGGGUAGUUCGAUAACCAAAGAUCACGUUGAAAACAAACUAGAAGGGUUAACAGUAGAUAAGGCAAUUAAGACCAACAGACUGUUUAUAUUAGAUCAUCAUGAUGCAUUAAUGCCUUAUCUGAGGCGAAUAAAUGUUGCAACAACAAAAAUUUAUGCAACAAGGACACUACUGUUCUUGCAAAACAACGGCACACUGAAGCCUUUGGUGAUUGAAUUAAGUUUGCCACAUCCAGAUGGUGAUCAAUAUGGCGCCAUUAACAAAGUAUACACUCCUGCCGAAGAGGGAACUGUUGAGGGCUCCAUUUGGCAAUUGGCUAAAGCAUAUGUUGCUGUGAAUGAUCAAGGCUUUCAUCAGCUCAUCAGCCACUGGUUGAAUACACAUGCAUCAAUUGAGCCCUUUGUCAUUGCAACAAAUAGGCAAUUGAGCGUGCUUCAUCCAAUCCAUAGGCUCCUCCAUCCUCACUUCCGGGAUACUAUGAACAUAAAUGCCUUUGCCAGACAGAUUCUUAUCAAUGGUGGUGGGAUUCUAGAAAGAACUGUUUUUCCAGGACAAUACUCAAUGGAAUUGUCAUCUGUGGUUUAUAAGGAUUGGGUCUUUCCCGAGCAAGCCCUCCCUGCAGAUCUAAUUAAGAGGGGAAUGGCAGUUGAGGACUCAAAUUCUCCACACGGUCUCCGCUUACUAAUUGAAGACUAUCCUUAUGCUGUCGAUGGCCUUGAGAUCUGGUCAGCAAUCAAAACAUGGGUUACAGAUUACUGUGGCUUCUACUACAAAACUGAUGACAUGGUCCAAAACGACAAUGAACUUCAGUUGUGGUGGAAAGAAGUUCGCGAACAGGGACAUGGUGACAAGAAAAAUGAACCUUGGUGGCCCAAAAUGCAGACUCGCCAAGAGCUCAUAGACUCAUGCACACUAAUCAUAUGGAUAGGGUCUGCACUUCAUGCAGCAGUCAAUUUCGGACAAUACCCUUAUGCAGGGUACCUCCCAAACCGCCCUACUCUAAGCCGUCGAUUCAUGCCUGAACCAGAUACACCUGAGUACGAGGAGCUUAAGGCCGACCCUGAUGGCGUUUACCUCAAGACAAUCACUUCUCAAUUGCCAACACUGCUUGGCAUAGCCCUGAUUGAAAUAUUGUCAAGGCAUGCUUCUGAUGAACUAUAUCUCGGACAACGAGACAUCCCAGAUUGGACAAAAGAUGUUGAGCCAUUAAACGCAUUUGACAGGUUUAGCAAGAAGCUGGAGGGGAUUGAGAAGAAAAUUGUUGAAAUGAAUAGUGACCAAAAUCUGAAAAACAGAGUUGGACCAGUGAACAUGCCAUAUACUCUGCUUUAUCCUACAAGUGAACCUGGACUUUCUGGCAAGGGCAUUCCUAACAGUGUAUCAAUCUAAAUUCUAAGCCUUUCCAGUUUCGAGUGCAUAUUAAAAAUGCAUUGUGUAGGUAUAAGUUCUCUUCAUAUUUGUUACUACUGUGAUCAAUAUUGCACCAGUGAAUAAAGUGUUGUAGCGGGUGUUGUAUGUUUGUUUUUUCAUAUAAUGAAAAUCUGAAUAAAAAUUUCUCACUGUUUUUUUA